GGGGAAGGAGGAGGCGCGAGCGAGCGACGAAGCGAUCGAGGGGUUCAUCGCCUCAUCACCGUCAUCGGAUCUCUUCGGUUCAUACGUGGAGAAGAUGGGCGCCGCUGAUGCGGAGAUCGAGGAGUUGUUGGACCGGAAGAAGCCGGUCAAGAACCCUCUCGUCCCCGUUGGUGCACUUAUUACUGCUGGUGUACUUACGGCGGGUCUAAUUAGCUUCAGGCAAGGAAAUUCCCAGCUGGGUCAGAAGCUGAUGAGGGCUCGUGUUGUAGUUCAAGGUGCAACAGUUGCAUUGAUGGUUGGCAGUGCUUACUACUAUGGGGAACACUUUAGGGGCUCUAAGAAUGAAAAAUAGAUGAUCUUGCAUAUUCACCCCAAAUAUUUGUUCCCGGAGCUUUAUCUCUAGCUAAGAAUAUUAUUUUGCGUGAGACGUCCCGUUAACUAGGCCAAAGUUAAUCGCCAACGAAAAUCAGUAGUCCUUUAGUUUUUGCCAAGUUUCUUUGUAUUUGAAUUAAUAAAUAUUCUUCCAGCAAUUUGACAUAGGAUUUUCCAAUGUGCUCAUCAAAUUUGCUGUUCUCUAACAUACGUUGCACAAAGAAGGAAUCAAUCCAUGGUAUUUUUUGUUUUGUCCA